AUGCCACAAGCUGAGGAACAACAGACCGACCAACGAAAGGCAGAAGAAGAGCGUAUCGAGCGUGAGAGGGCGAGCGGGAACAAACUUUGGAGCGCCUACAUCGCCGAGGCGCAAAACUACGAUCAGGGUCUCCUCGAUGGCUGGCGCAGCGAGAUGGAUGGUCUGCUGAUCUUUGCCGGUCUCUUCUCGGGCGUUAUCACCACUUUCAUAAUUGAUAGCUAUAAAACGCUCAACCCUGAUUCGGGCAGUCAGACAGUCGUACUGCUAACCCAAACCGUUGCACUUCUCGGCCAGAUCUCGCUCCAACUCGCGAACAUGAACAAUGGGACGGCGAUGGUGGAUGCACUGCCUCCCACCGCUGCGUUCUCGCCCCCGGCAUCCUCCCUCGUCUGCAAUGUGCUCUGGUUCACCAGCCUUGCACUCAGCUUGUCCAGCGCACUCGUCGCCACUCUCGUCAAGCAGUGGGCGCAGGAGUACCAGCACCGGACAUCGAUGUACUCGUCUCCCUCUGUCCGUGCGCGCGUGUACAUGUAUCUGUACUAUGGCUUACGACGGUUCAAUAUGCACGCCGUUGUUGGCGUUCCCCCGCUUCUGCUGCACGCGGCACUACUCCUGUUCUUUGCGGGCCUCGUUGCCUUUCUCGUGCCCAUCAACGUCAUUAUCACGGGCAUCUCCUCCGCUCUGCUGCUCCUCUUCGUUGUGGUCUAUGCGACGUUCACUGCGCAUCCGCUGUUUUUCCUCGACAGUCCGUACCAGACACCACUCACACGGAUCCUCUGGUCGCUGAAUCAGAGCUUGGGACGUGUGCUGAGGGCUUACAUUCAGAGAGUAGCGGAUAUUUGCAGGGCCUUCAUCCGAGCCAAAGUCGCGCUGUCAGACCCCGAGAAAGCUACGGAAUCGGCUGUGACGAGCCCUGGCGUCUCUGGCGAGGCUGAAGACACGCAUCCGCAGUCCCAGAGCAUGAUUGUGGCAGUGAAAACAGCCGCACUGCAUCCCGCUGUCGAGACGGAGAUCCGGGCGCUCACGUGGACCAUCCGGUCUCAAUCUGAUGACGAUGAUCUUGAGCGACUGGUCGUGGGGCUCCCUGUGUUGUGGGAUUUCGAUCGAAAUGAGCCUCGUAGCGUGUACGUGGGGCAUUUCCAGAAGCUGUUGUGGGAUCCGGAAGUCCAUCUCUGCCAGCGUCUUGCGGAUUUCAUGGCUGGCUCCAACAGCAACCUGCUUGAAGACAAAGACCGUCUCCGCCGGCAGCUGUCCGUGCUCCGGGCCAUCUGGGCCAUCUGCGCGUUCUCUCUUCACACGGGGUCACCUCUGCCCAGCCCGAUCGGAGACACCGACGUGGACAACGCGUUGCUCGGCUCCAAGUUUCACGUUUCUCCUGAUGUGCAGAGCAUGGUCCCUGCCCUGUCCGCUUUGAUCCGCCUGAACAUGAUCGGGUCUCGGAGCCGGGAGUGGGCCCCCACACAGCCGAGUAACUCCGACGCUGAAGCGGAGAGGCGACGGCACAUAGACAUGCAUGAGAUGUAUCUGGAUUAUCUGUUGGCACUGUCCAAAUGCAUUGCCAGCUUCCAACGGGAUGCGACCAUUUCACUCUUUGAUCGGUCACAAAUGCGGUUCACGGAAGCGGAUGGCUACGAAACUCUGCAACGGGCUCUCCACGAGCUGAUCAAAUCCGCGUUGGAGAAGACAGCGGACGAGACAGCAGACAACGUCGUCUUUGCUGCUCGUCAGAUGAUCAGCCAGUUUGCUCAGACAUCGGAAUAUCCCCGUUGGUCGGUGUGGCGUCUUGGGCCGUUCCUUGUCCGACAUCCGUCCCUCGCCGUCUCCGAGCCGGGAUUCGACUCAAAGCAUCAUUACACCCGGUACCUGUGCCACAUGCUAUGCAGGAACUUGAAGAACAAAGAAAAUCCCCAGGAAUCUGUCGACGCCCUCCACCUGAUUUAUCGGAAUUUGCUCAAGUCUGAUAGAGACUUUGAUACUCAUCUUCUUGUCCUCCGCACUCUGCAGAAUGAAGCAGGCGACAUCGGCACACACCGUUUGGCAGCCAUCGUCCAGUCUGUCGUGCUCAAAAGUUGCAAUGAUUCAUCAGAACGGGAGAAAAUGCAGAGUAUCUUCAGCAACGAGGGCUGGUUCCGCUCCGUGCUCGGCCUUGACAACGAUAAACCGACGGAGCAGGCAUCGGCUGAGCAAAUUUUCGACUAUGUCCGUGUGGGUGUUUUGACCACUUUCUUCGAGCAGUGUGCCGCCCGGAGUCCGGAUCAAACAGAACGGGACCCGGACUUUGCAACGCUCGAAUUGGUGGCACGCCACGCAGACAUGCGCAUUCUUUCUGUGAUCCCGACUGGACUGCAACGCCGCUUCGCCGACGCCGCGUCUGCAUUCAUCCGCAAAUAUCCAAAGAACUGCCUUGCGCAUGACGAUGGGCUCCACAGGGUGCUUUUCUGGGUCGUCCAUGAGCACUGGGGGUGGUUGACCGAUGUGGAUGCAUUACGCGUCCUGGACGUGGCUGUGUCGGAGGUGCAGACGGAAGACCAGCAGGAAUCACACCGGGAACAUGCUCAAGAGAUCCGCGGAUACAUGCAGGACCGGCUGUAUCCCGAGGACAUCUUUGCCGCCUUUGUCUCGCUGGUGAGUGACGGCAAGUGA